AUGGACGACUCGGAAGUGGAGUCGACCGCCAGCAUCCUUGCCUCUGUCAAGGAGCAGGAGGCACAGUUCGAGAAGCUGACGCGGGCGCUUGAGGAGGAACGGCGCCAUGUCUCAGCCCAGCUGGAACGAGUCCGGGUCUCCCCACAGGAUGCCGGCCUGGGCUUGGCCAACGGCACGCUCACCCGGCGGCACCAGAACGGCCGUUUCUUGGGUGAUGCUGACCUGGAAAGGCAGAAAUACCCAGAUCUGAAGCUCAACGGGCCGCAGGACCACAGCCACCUCUUGUACAGCACGAUCCCCAGGAUGCAGGACCCAGGCCAGAUUGUGGAGGAGACGUACACCAUGGAGGAGGACCCAGAAGGGGCCAUGUCAGUUGUGUCUGUGGAGACAUCAGAUGAUGGGACAACCCGGCGUACAGAGACCACGGUGAAGAAAGUGGUGAAGACUGUGACCACCCGGACGGUGCAGCAGGUGCCGGUGGGGCCUGAUGGGUUGCCUUUGGAAACCUCCCCUGUCACCAGCAAUUACGUCCAGACCAUGGACAGGAACUUCCACAAGAGCAGCAACGGGGGCCCCGGGGGCUACCUGAGCCAGCCAGGCACAGCCACCCUCCCUCGUAACUACCACUACCCCGACGGCUAUGGCCGCCCCCAUGAGGCAGGCUAUCCGGGCGCCGACCACACCCCCGCCAGCCUGUCCCGUGUCACCCGCAUUGACGAGCGCUACCGUCCGUCCAUGGACACCUACCGGGCCCCCAGCCGCCAGGACAUCUAUGGCCCCCAGCCUCAGGUGCGCGUCGGGGGCAGCAACAUGGACCUCAACCACUUCCACCCCGAGCCAUAUGGCCUGGAAGAUGACCAGCGCAGCGUGGGCUUUGAAGAUGCGGACUACGGGAUGAUGUCUGACUAUGGCACAGCCAGGCGGACGGGGACCUCGGCUGAUCCGCGGCGGCGGCUCAGGAGUUAUGAAGACAUGCUGGUGGAUGAAGUGGCCCCUGACCGGUACUACUGGGCCCCCCUGGCUCAGCAUGAGCGGGGUAGCUUGGCUAGUCUGGACAGCCUGCGGAAGGGAGGUCCGGCCCCAGGCAACUGGCGCCAGCCGGAGCUGCCAGAGGUGAUAGCCAUGCUGAACUACCGGCUGGAUGCAGUCAAGUCCAAUGCGGCUGCCUACCUGCAGCACCUCUGCUACCGUAACGACAAGGUGAAGACAGAGGUGCGCAAGCUGAAGGGCAUUCCCGUGCUGGUGGGAUUGCUAGACCAUCCCAAGAAAGAGGUGCAUUAUGGUGCCUGUGGAGCCCUCAAGAACAUCUCCUUUGGCAAGGACCAAGACAAUAAGAUUGCCAUCAAGAACUGCGAUGGGGUUCCUGCUCUGGUGCGCCUGUUGCGGAAGGCCCAUGACAUGGACCUCACAGAGGUCAUCACAGGAACACUGUGGAACCUGUCCUCUCAUGACUCUAUCAAGAUGGCCAUUGUGGAUCAUGCACUACAUGCCCUGACCGAUGAAGUUGUCAUUCCCCACUCGGGCUGGGAGCGGGAACCAAAUGAGGACUCUAAACCCCGCCAUAUCGAGUGGGAGGUGGUGCUCACCAACACUGCUGGCUGCCUUAGGAACGUGAGCUCAGAGCGGAGCGAGGCCCGUCGGAAGCUGCGGGAAUGUGAUGGGCUGGUGGAUGCCCUGAUCUACGUUGUCCAGUCUGAGAUCGGCCAGAAGGAUUUGGACAGCAAGCUGGUGGAGAACUGUGUGUGCCUGCUGAGAAACUUGUCCUACCAAGUCCACCGUGAGAUCCCCCAUGCCGAGCGCUACCAGGAGACACCUCUGGCCCCUGCCAACAGUGCUGGGCCCCAUGCUGCGAGCUGCUUUGGUGCCAAGAAGGGCAAAGACGAGUGGUUCUCCAGAGGUAAAAAGGUCCCAGAAGACCCCGGUGCCGAUACAGUGGAUUUUCCCAAAAGAACAACUCCAGCCAAAGGCUAUGAGCUCCUCUUCCAGCCAGAAGUGGUCCGGAUAUACAUCUCCCUUCUAAAGGAAAGCAAGACUCCAGCCAUCCUAGAGGCUUCGGCAGGAGCCAUUCAGAACCUGUGUGCUGGCAGCUGGACAUAUGGCCGGUACAUCCGCUCGGCACUGCGCCAGGAGAAGGGACUCUCCGCCAUUGCCGACCUCCUGACCCACGACAGCGAGCGAGUGGUGAAAGCAGCGUCUGGAGCCCUGCGCAACCUGGCUGUUGACUUGCGUAACAAAGAGCUGAUAGGUAAACAUGCCAUCCCCAACCUAGUGAAGAACCUGCCUGGAGGCCAGCAGACCCCAGCCAAAAACCUCUCUGAGGACACAGUAGUGUCAAUCGUCAACACCAUCAAUGAAGUAAUUGUAGACAACCUCGAGGCUGCCAAGAAGCUGCGGGAAACACAGGGGAUUGAGAAGUUGGUGCUGAUCAACAAAUCUGGGAACCGCUCAGAGAGAGAAGUCCGAGCAGCUGCCCUCGUCUUGCAGACAGUCUGGGGGUAUAAAGAGCUGCGGAAGCCGCUGGAGAAAGAAGGCUGGAAGAAGUCAGAUUUCCAAGUGAACCUGAGCAAUACCUCUCGGACCCAGGGAGGCAACUCGUUUGAUGACAGCACCUUGCCUCUCAUCGACAGGAACCAAAAAACAGACAAGAAAUCCUCCCGGGAGGAGAUCCAGAUGAGCAACAUGGGACCAGACAACUAUUCCACACUCAACGAGAGGGACCACAGCAGGACGCUGGACCGAUCUGGUGACCUUGGAGAUACGGAGCUGGUGAAGGCAGCACCGCUGAUGCAGGAGGAGGGGCAAGAAUCGCAGCCUGAGGUAGAGGAGGCAGAGGAUGCUGCUGCUGUGUGUUCCCCUGUGUCGGUAUGUCCUGCAGUGUCCUGCCCAAUCUGAACAGUGGUGACAGAUCCUGCUGCACUGUUAGGGGUGCUUUGGCCAGCCAAAUUCUGCUAUGAUUGCUGCUGCCUG